GAAGCACAGAGGCCUCUGAGCCUUUCUCUCCCCCCUCGAUUCCCGCCACCACCCAAUCUCCCUCGGCCGACACCCGCGAUAACCCAUGACUGCCAAACCGGCGCGUCGAGAUGAUUGAUCCCGAACGGCAGGGCGGCUGGGGAUCUGGUGGACAGUCGGUCCCUUCCGCGAACCCAUUCGGCCAGCCGGCGCCCUCCCAACUAGCUAAUCCUUUCGCCCAGCCUCCGGUCAAUCCAUUUUUACAGAAGCAGCCUAAUGGCGUGGCCGCUGCUGCGAACCCUUUCCAAGCCAAACCCGCGGCUACGAAUCCCUUUUUAGAACCCCCGGCGUCCACGGGGACAAAGAGAUCAAUUUCGCCUUUUGAUCGACAUCAGCAGAAUACUACUUUAAAGCCUCACCCGUUCGCAAAACCCAUCAAUGGACAUGGGCUCAAGUCGACAGCUAACUCAGGCAACAACUCUUCGGCGCCAAACCCCUUCUUAAAGACCACGUCGGCAUCUUUCACUCAGGACGAAGCGCCCACGGCCCCAGCGCUCAGCGGAAAAAGGAGAAACGCCGACGCUCCCCAGCCGGCGCGGUCCAAGCAGCUGCGCAAGGAUGCAGUCACGGCGGCGGCUCCUAUAGGGCCUAGAAGCCAGGUCCAUAUGAAACGAAAAAUCGAGGACGAGCUGAACGGAAAAUCAAAAUUCUCGAGACGUUCGCCAGACCCGAACCUCGCUUCCCUGCGGUCCCGGCCGCACGCCCAAGGUCCCAAAAAUCAGAUUCUUCGCGAAAUCAAGCCACCCGAGGCGCCUGUACCUGCAGGACAACAAGACGACUUCGCGAAAAAGAUUCUCAACCAGCUGGCGAAGGAUAAUGUCAAGCCUCCGCCAUGGCCAGCGAACCCGGGAAGCUACUCGCAGCGCCAGGCCAUCGAGGCCUUCCGAGAAUCCUACAAGUCAUACCGCGAGAAGGCUAGGAAGUCGCUGAUACGGGCAGGUCUGAUCGACGACCCCGACCAGAAGCGGACGCUCGACAAAGCGCUCGUCUUCAGAGGCAUAUGCGAGGACAUGUGUCCCGAGUGGGAGAAGGUUACCCGCAUCGUUGAGCACGACAUCAGGUUGGCUGAGAAGGGAGAGGACGACAAUGGGGAUCUUGUUGCGAUGCCCCCGUACAUGGUCAAACGGCUCGCUCGUUCGGCGGCAGGGCAGGAUGCUCCCCUUCCGAUGGAUGUGCGAUCCUUCGCAGCUCUUCGACGAACUUUGGAUUACCUCAUUGACGAGCUCAUUCCGUCCGACGACUUACUUCCUUCGCGACAUAGCUUCCUUUGGGACCGCACUAGGGCCAUUCGUAUCGAUUUCUCCUACCAGAAAUAUGCCAUGACGGCCAAGGAGAGGACGGACCAGAUCUACUGUCUCGAAACGAUCGCACGUUUCCACGUUACCGCGCUCCAUCUCUUGUCCCAGGAAGGGAUUGCCCCCGAGGACUUUUCAGAACAGCAGGAGAUAGAGCAACUAGGGAAGACACUGAUCUCCCUUAUCGAGGUUUACGACGAUUGUGCGCAGCAAGGGAUCGAGUGCGAAAACGAGGCCGAGUUCAGGGGGUAUCAUAUAAUAUUUAAUGCGCAUAAUCCCUCACUCAUGGAGACGAUCCAAGGUUGGGACCGACGGUUCUUGGAGACAGAGGGGAUCAAAACCGCCGUGUGUCUCGUCCAGUCUAUCGGGAAUAGUUGGAGUGUACACGGUCCCCUAAAUCCAUACGCCCCCACCGAACUUGCCAUCAACACCGCUUCAAUAUUCUUUUCAAUCGUCGCGACCCCGCAAGUCUCUUACACCAUGGCUUGCUUCGCCGAAAUCCAUUUUAAUAGCGUGCGCAAGUCGAUACUCCAGGUUAUAAGGCGGGCGUUCUCCCGACCGCGAGACGGGCCGAAAGACCUCACACCCGCCUUCUUAAAGCAGUACCUUCGCACGGAUACCGAAGCGGAAGCCAUAGAAUUCUUCGAGAAGCACGGCUUCGAGUUUCGGACGGACGGCGAUCGUCAGUAUCUCUAUCUCAACGGUCGGCAAGAACCCACCGACCCCCGAAUUCGGCACUCGUUUUCGCAGGGCAUCGUAGAGCGCAAACGAUCCGGACGACCUCUUCCUCAAGUAAUACAUCAGACCGUCUACGAAGACAUAUUUAACAGCUCAUCUUCAAUCCAAGUCUCCCCCGACCGCAGUCCAGAGGAAAGUUUGUUUGUCAGUGACGCUGAGGACGCGCCGCAUUCAAGUCGAAAUGGUCAGGGGGGGCAUGACAGCGAAGCCGAAAUCAUCGAGCCUACACCACCUUCCAGUCCUCCAACUAGAACAGCGGAGCGGAUGACUUCUGCCUUGACACAACUACCUUGCACAUCGAUCCCCGCGCAACCUAACGGCGAUACUGGAGUACAAUCUAGCCACCCCCUUUGGAACGCUACGGGCACUACUCAGACGCCUGGCAACUCUUCCAACAUAUACAAUUCGUGGCCCCCGAAACCUCAAUCGGAGGGUGCGCAGGUUUCGAACACCUCCGCCUCAUCAUUCCUCCCUACCAAGGACACAUUCAAAAAUGAUGUCUCCAGAGUGUUGGCGAAUCCCCCACCGGCAAGCAGCGCAACGCCGGGGCUUUUCGGCUUUCUCAAUAAGGACGAAAGCAAAGGAGAAACUACUUUGCCUGCUGCACCACCGACACAACCCUUGUCGAGGGUCUUAUCAAAGACCCCGGACUCAUCGAACAAAGACGAGACUUACAAGUUGCCAACUCCAGGCGAGUCCGUGACACUAAAGUCAGGAUCCACACUUUCAACACCUCCCGUACCAACCUUCAGUCCUUUCCCCGGCCUUCUACCAAAAACGUCAGACCCGCCAAAUGCAGAUUCGUCUCAACAUGUGCCCUCGAGCGCAUCUACAACACUGGGGUCGGGAUUCCAACCCAUGAACCCCCCAGAAGCCAUUAGCAAUAUUCAACCCAGAAACCCCUCUGUGUUUUCUCCAAAUCAACCUAGACAUAUUCCCCAAGCUGAACAAAGUCUUGCUGGCCAAAAUUCAACGCUUCUUCACUCGCAAUCUACGCGGUCAUCUAUAACAACGUCGUCUACCGGGUUGUCGUAUCAGGUCGGUACUACAGACACCGCAGUUUCCCAGGCGCCUCCCCAGAAAGAUGUGAUGGGAGAUUUCACUCGCUGGUUCGUUUGCGGCGACAAGGGAUUAAUGAAAAGCUGGCUUGUGGAAUUUGCGGUUGAGCACGUGCUCAAGGAAUUCUGGGACGAGUUCCAGGCCUCCGAGAAGGAGCGCAUACGACGAGAGGAAGAUGAGAAGUCCUGGGCUGAAGCACGAAAGUUCAGGGAGUAUAGUCUCUCAGUCACAUACUUCUAUCGCUGGCGUGACGGGUUCCGCAAACGACAAGUCGUGAGGCGGAUCAAGAUGGAAAAGGAGAAGGCCAGGCAAUGGAGGUUGCCUGAAAACGUGGCGAAGCGCGAGCAAGAAGCCAAGGCGGCAAAAGAGAAGGUGGUCGAGGAAGCGACGCACUCCAUCCUAAAGAGGAGUAUCCAUAAUGUCGACGAGGCCGUCAAGAUGAGGGAAUCGACUCGAUCAUCCCGGUCAAGUCUCAUAUCAGGGGAAGGCAAUAUCGAAGAAGCGUUACUGGCUACAGGUGUUUUCCGCGGCGUGCGAGACGAAAGAGCCGCUGCUCGACUGGCCGCUAAAGCAGAGGAUCCAGAGCCGGAGUCAGAAAUGACCCCUUCGGAGAAGGUCAGGUUACGAUCCGAGAACCAGCGCCGUCGCAAACACGGCCUUCCUCCACUCAAGCAGCUUCCGGCGCCGAAAGUCUUCAAAGAGGGGUCGAAAACGGCAAUGCUAAGGGCAGGUAACAGUGGCGCUGGGCGAGACUCCAUGUCGAUAUCAACGGGAAGUAUGCGCAACUCGACCUUUAGCUCGAGCUACCGCUCGAGUAUCGGUUACAACAACAACAACAACAACAAUCGAGUUUCCAAAUCCCAAUCAAGAGUCAGGGACCCGUAUUGGCGCCUAAAGGCUCACGGAUUUGUACGAAUGCCAAAUGGACAGUAUUUACACGAGACAAUAGCCCUUCCCAUAUUACAGGAGAAGGAACGGCAGAACUAGGUAGUUCUUGCGGCACUUUUGAUGCAUACCAAUAUAUACAUUUCCAUACGGCUUCUUACACAACGGCGUUGAUCUUUGUCUUAUCGAGUGUAUAACUAGCGCAUUUGAACGAUGGGGACCGACCGAACUGUUGUAUUAGUACACGAUGGGAUUUCCUGGACCCUCAUCUCAGCCCAUGGAGAUGUAUGCAUAUAUCGGGAUCUCAGGAUACUCUCGCACGUGCAUCUAUAUGUAUAUAAAAAAGCCUUUUAUAGAGGCGCCCGUGCAGAGUCGCACUGACUGGGGCGGAAAUUAACGGGAGCCCACCUAAGCAUCCAUUAAUCCAUGUGCGACAGACGAGCCUAAAUCCGACAUCGUCCCAGUCUCUC